AUGUUUGCAGAUACACGGAAGCCAACACCCGAACGGAGUGCAAAGCGGCCUCGAAGAAAUACACUUGAUAUUACUGGCAACGGUCAUUAUGAUGGGGCGGAGUCAUCUUCAACGAAGGAAACUACGAACCCGCGAUGCCAGGGAUCAAGAUCUAAAGAGAGCUUUGUUUCUAUACCUCAUGGAGCACCACGAAGAUGUUCGGUAAUAAAUGAUACUGCACGCCAUCUACAAUCCAGGGCCCUCAAGAGCUGCGAUAAUCAGGACACGGUACUGGGGUCUCCUGAGAUAUCAAGAUCUAUUCAAAAGGGCUCGCCCAAGCUAGACUCCCCACAACCAUCUUAUGAUGGCUUGCCAAUCAUCCGUGGCUCGUGGCGACAAGGUGGUCUCACCAGAGAGCCAGUGUCGUUAUACCUGAAUCCCCAACCCUCUGGCCAGGAUCCUCGGACAGCUACACCAAGUACCCCACAGAAGAAGCCGGCGCCUCAUCCACCAGGUAAUUCCCAGAGAUUCACCCAAUAUAAUCUUGCUAUGCUUCCUGCUGCACCGCCCCGCCAAGACCUUCGGAAGUUUGACACCCCAAGCGGUCGUGCCAAACGUCAACUUGAACAACUACAGUCAAGUUAUGAUUCCCCUCCACCUCUACACACUAGCUCGUCCCCUCUACCACGAACGAAGGUUCCAUAUCCUCCACAAGCUCCGCAAAUCAAAUGGCCACCGGCUGAGCGAUACUACCGCCAAUUCUCAAAUCAUUGCCUACCGUCGCCUCAGCCUCAACACGUUAUCUCCCCCGGCCGACUAGAUCCAAAUAUUGUUCCCCUGCCUGUGGAAGCUCCUCAACCUCAGCCACAAGGGCCAAACCCCCUGGGCCCACUAGCAGCUCAACAAGAUGAGAGACACAAGCGGCAACUUGAACAGAAAAUGAGACUCAGGCAAGAGUUCCCUAAGUCAGACGCUCGAUCUGCUCUGCCUAUCCAAGCCUCGCGCCUGAGCCAAGCCUAUUUACGGCUAAUGACCGAGAAAGGAUACAAAAGGGAUUCUUAA